AUGGCCGACCAAGCGCAGGAGUCGCUCCCCGAGCGUCCCAAAGAGGGUGUCGAAGGGGAGAAGAAGGGCCCUUCCAAGAGUGAAUUGAAGAAGAUGCAGAAGGAGAAGGAGAAGGCAGAGAAAGCAGCAAAGAGAGCGGCAGAGGAAGCGGAGCGCAAGAAGCAGGAAGAAGCCAAUGAUACCAGCAAGGAAGACUAUGGACAAUUACCCCUUGUGCGGCAAUCCUCCGGCGUCAAGCACGAGAAGCUGGCCGACCUGGCGGAGAAGUACGAGACCAAGCUGUCCGCCGACGAGAAGGGACUGGAGGUUGUCUUCCGAGCGACAGUCGAGAAUGCAAGAAAACAGAGCGCGAAAUUGUCAUUUCUGGUAUUCAGCCAGCAGAGCAACACAAUACAGGCAGUCGUAGCGGAGAGCGAGAAGUUGAGCAGGCAGAUGGUCAAGUUCGCUGGACAAAUACCGACUGAGAGCGAGGUGGUCGUGCAUGGCGUGCUGAACAAGCCGCGGGAGCCGGUGCAGAGCACAACAAUCCAGAACCUCGAGGUUCAUGUCACCAAGAUCUAUGUCCUCUGCCAGGCGCAAUCACAGCUGCCGCUGCAGGUGGCCGACGCCGAGGGACGCAUUCCUGCCGAGGGCGAGGAGAACGCUGUACGAGAGGACGGGAAGCCCAUUGUCUCGCUCAACACCCGUCUCAACAACCGCACGAUCGACUUGAAGGCCAAUCUCAACCAUGCCAUCUUCCGCAUCAAGGCAGGCGUACAGAAGCUCUUCACCGAAUUCCUCGACCAACGCGACUUCAUUCAGAUCAACACUCCUCGACUGCUGGGCGCUCCCUCGGAAGGAGGCUCCAGUGUCUUUGAGGUCAAGUAUUUCGACUCCAAGGCCUACCUCGCCCAGUCACCUCAGCUGUACAAGCAGAUGAUGAUCUCAUCCCGCUACGAGAAGGUCAUGGAGAUUGGACCCGUCUUCCGCGCCGAGAACAGCAACACUGCUCGCCAUCUUACAGAGUUUACUGGACUGGAUUUCGAAAUGGCAUUCGACGAGGACUACCACGAGGUCGUCUCGUUGGCGGAGGAGCUGAUGCUGUACAUCUUCAACGGCCUACGUACCCGCUACAAGAAGGAAACCGACCACGUGCGCACUGUCUACCAGGUCGAGGAGUUCAAGCUACCGGAAGCUGGCAAAGUCCCGCGGCUGCACUUCAGCGAGGGUAUCAAGAUGCUGCGUGAUGCCGGAGUGGAGAUUGACGACUUUGAGGACCUUAGCACACCGCAGGAGAAGAAGCUGGGCGCUCUCGUCUUGGAGAAAUACGGCACCGACUUCUAUGUCCUCGACAAGUACCCGCUCGCCAUUCGACCUUUCUACACCAUGCCGUCGGUAGAGACACAGCAGAAAUACGACCCUGCGAAUCCGAACGCGGGCUACUCGAACUCGUACGACUUCUUCAUGAGAGGCCAGGAGAUCAUGUCUGGCGCACAGCGUAUCCAUGAUGCGACAUAUCUGGAGAAGCGGAUGAAAGAGCAUGUUACGCCUGUUGACCCCAAGAGCGACGGGUUGAAGGACUACGUGGACUGCUUCCGGUAUGGAUGCCCGCCUCACGCUGGUGGGGGGAUCGGUCUGGAGAGGAUAGUGAUGCUGUGGUUGGGACUGCCGAAUGUGCGGUUGGCCAGCCUGUUCCCGCGCGACCCGGGUCGAUUGAUGCCGUGA